GGCGUUUAGUAAUCAACUUUUGUUGUAUUUACAUGCCUUCCGCGUUUUUUUAUAAUCUUUGAAGUGGAUUUGUUUUCCCCGCGAAAAGUCCUUAUUUAAAUAGCAGUAGUUUUAUUGAGUGUUGUGUAUGCGCUGUAUUGAAAUGUAAUUUUUAUUGGUUGUAAUGGCAUUUCAAUGCGAUGCGGAAUCCGGAGUUCAGUUUCUAUCCAGAUGUGGUGCCAAUUUGAGCCUUAAAGGGAUAGAUACGGUGAUAUUUGAAACUGGCCCCGAAUUAAAUGAUGUGAUUGAAAUUACUGGCGAUCCAUCGUGUGGAAAGACGUUACUUGUGACGAAGUUUUUAGUGAAAUGCGUAUUACCGAAAGAAUGGGGAAAAUUCCAUAUUGGCGGGCUGAAUGUUGGGGCUAUAUUGAUGGAUACAGACCAUCACUUUCAUUUGCUAAAACUUGUAAAUUUGAUGGAGCUACAUCUUAUGAAAUGUAGGACACACAGUGAAAAUGUUGAGGACAACAAAACAGUGUUAGAUUCGGCGACGGCGGAGAAAAUAAUCAAGGAAUCUCUAAGAAAACUUAUAAUUCUUAAAUGCUACGACAGUGCACAGUAUCAAAUUACAUUGCAUUCUUUAGAAAGACUGUUAAGCGUCAACCGAUUUGUUAGUCUGCUCGUGCUAGAUAGCAUAACGGCGUACUAUUGGCAGGAUGUAGCCCAGGGUGGCGUUCGUAAAAUGGAUCUUUACGUGAAGAAAAUGCUUCAGACGAUAAAGAAGUGCCUCAUGGAGUAUAAACUAGUGCUAAUGUACACCAAGCAAACAUAUUUCCAAUCAACAAAAUCUUCCACAGACGGUCAUGAUGAUAAGACCACACCUACAUACAGAAUUCAUCUCCAGCAGUGUCAGGGCCAAUUGAAUAAUAUGUUCUAUGCACAGAUUAGUGGACAAGGCAAAACUAAAUGUAUUUUGUAUAAAAUUGAUAACAGUGGUAUAACAUGGAAUCCUUAAAGCAGUCAUAGUCUUAUAUUAAAGUUGAGUUCUGAUACCAUCAA